ACUCUCCAAUCCAAGCAAUCUCAACAACAACCACUCCAACAAAAAAAAAACCUUUCAACAUGAAGUUCAUCUCUGCCGUCUCUGCCCUCCUCCUCGCCGCUGUUGCCUCGGCUCAGUCGCCCCAAUUCACCAACUGCGCUACUGGUGCCACUGACAUGACCGUCUCUAGCCUUGUCCUCAACCCUUACCCUCUCUGCGUUGGUAAGGAGGUUUGCGCCACCGUUACCGGAUCCCUCUCUGCCCCUGUUACCCAGGGUGCCAAGUUGAACAUCGUUGGCAAGUACCUCAACCGCAUCGUCUACACCGAUGCUCACGACCUCUGCACUGUCUUGGCUGCCAAUGGCACCCCUUGCCCCGUUGCCACCAGCGUUACCUCGGUCAAGGCCUGCAUCUUGGUAAAGUCCACUGCCCCCACUGGUAUCCCCGUCGUCCUCCAGGUCUCCGCUACCAACGGCAACGGUCACGUCCUCUUCUGCCAGCAAGCCACCGUCACCGCCCAGAACUGCCCUUAAAUUCAAGGCCGCAGGACCUCGGCUUAGUUUUUUUUUCUCACUCUCUCAUCUCUCGUAUAUAUCAAAAGUUAUCACUUAGUUCCGCCCAAUCCCUUUUAAGAGCCUAAUGAUUUGGGCUCAAUCCCCUUGUUGAUUAAUCAACAGAGUUUUUUCAUAGUCAUGAGAAAAAAAAC